AUGUAUUUCAAUACCGCUGCGGUGCUUCUGGCCAUUUCAUCACUCUCAGCCGCUGUCCCAGUUGCGAACCAGCAGAACGACGCAUCUCUUGAGAAGAGAUAUUCCGUCGUUGCUGUCGAUGGAAGCUCUCAGACCACUUCACCUGUGAUUGAGACCAAGACGGUCGCUACCACGAAGUACGUGACGAUCUCACCGACUCCAACGCCUUUGCCGUACUGGAACAGUACGCAGCCAGUGGGCUACGCUCGUAAAGCCCGCAGAGCAUUCAACGCAACAUCAAAUGAAGCCGCCCCCAUACGGAGAUUGGCGCGUUCCGCUGAAUCUGUGAACGGUUCCUCCUGGAACAGCCUUAAGAGCCGCAGCCAGAACGAGACAUCAGGCUCUUCCAGUCCGCUUCACAUUCGAAGCACAUGGACGGACGGACCCGCAGCUAACUGGACCACAAACGUCCGCGCCAGGAGCUGGAACAGCACGUACCGGGUUCCUGUUUAUGUUCCCAAGAUGGCUCGAGGCGAAGGCGAAGAGGCUGCUAACUGGACUGCGAGUACUCUGGAGGUCAGAAGCGCGAACGCUACUUCUCUGAAAGCUCGCGGCCUCUACAACUCGACCGUGGACAACCUGGAGGUCAGAAACUGGAAUGCUACCUCUCUCAAGACUCGCGGUUUCUACGACGGUGAAGGCUCGACCAAUGCAACUGGCGCCCACAAGUUCGAAGUCCGAAGCUGGAAUACCACUCGCGCAUCUCUUGGAGUUCGGUCUCUGAACAGCUCAUCUCCUGUCGACCUUCCACCUCUGCGUCCUCAGCCGCAGACUUCCGCUGCCCCGGACACCGUCCCUGCUAUGUCCAGGCCUCAGUACGAGGGCGGCUAUUGA